AUGCGCCCGACAGCACGAUUGAUGGGCGGCGGCGCGCAAUACCCGUACCCGAAGGAGGUCUGGACGCCCGCAGGUGGAUGGUGGACGAACCCGCACAACUGGCGGACCAACACGGCGUACGCAAUGCUCGGUAUUGCAUUCGUCGGCUACGGAAUCUUCAAGUUCUCGGCGGAGCAUGAGGAACGGCAUACCGCGCCGACUCGCUGGAUCCCCUCGAUGAUGUGGGCGAAGCAAUUCAAGAACGGCGAGAUGGGCAUCAAGGACGAGAGCGACCUCCGCGGCCAGCCGACUUCGCACCACUAG